CAGUUAGGGCUUCUAAAUCUCAUAGUUCAACUUCUCUCUCCAUCACCACUUUCGGCCCUUUUCUUCUGUCACUAACUCACAACCGGUACCCUAGAAAGAUUAUCAACCUCCUUUGCUAACUGAUCGGAGAGGAGGAAUCUCUUUUCUGGGCUGCUGCGUAUAGGCCGUUGGGUUUCGAACUCGGCUUCAUUACCACCUGAGACUGCACUUACAGUGAUAUCUGAAGUGAGUUGAUUGAAGAACUGAGGCUUUAGCCCUUUCCAUUCUCCCUAGCAUUUACUGGGUUUUUGAGAAAGAUGAUAAGAAUAUUAAAAUCGAAACCAUUGGCAUCAUAUUUUGAAACUUCGAGCCAUCAAUUACUUCAAAGAUGCUCAGUUAGUAGAACUGCAAAAGGUAAAGGUAAGUUGAAAGAUGGGCAGCAAUUGAAGAGGUCUAAGGUAACUACGAAAAAAGGCGCUGGGGAUGCUCCUCCUACAGGCAGAAAAGGUAGUGAAAAAGAUAGGCUAGAAAAGUUUUAUGAUCAAUGUUUAAAUGCUCCUACUCCUGUUAGGCACUUGACCCCGAAACAGAGAGAACGUGAAGCGGAGAGGGAGAAAUUGGGGCUUAUUAGCAAAGAUCGACAGCGAGAGAUUGAGUUGCUGAAGAAAGAUAAGGGAAAAAUGAGUGUUUCAAAGACACCAACAAUUAUUGGGACUCCUGGUUUGGAUCUGAUAUCACUCGGAUUGGUUGAUGAAAAUGAGCUACCUAAAUAUGAACUGACAGUUGAAGAUGGUCGGAGGCUUGCAAAGGAAUACAGUAGAGUUAUGAUGAGGCGUCAUCGUGCAAGACAAGCAGCGGAAUCAACACUGUUACGAAUGAAGAAAGAAGCGAUUGAGGCAUUGCCUGAACACUUGAAAGCAGCUGCAAUGGUGCCUGAUUUGACUCCAUUCCCAGCAAAUCGCUUCAUGGCAACUUUAACUCCUCCUAUUGAGGGUUAUAUUGAGAAAGUCAAAGAAGCAGCUAAGAGGAGCAGUGGAAAGGAGAAACUUCGAUGAUUAAAAAGAUAGAGCUGUGAAUCUUGUGAUUAUAGAGAUGAAGAUCUUCUAAUGUCCAAAAACUAGAUAUCAUCUUGAAGACGGAGAGCUGUGCUUGGAUGGAAGGACCUUACGAUACAGAAAGCGAGUAAUAAAAGUUACCGAAUUCAGACUUGCCUUUUGGCUUUUGUUAAAUGAAGCACAUAAUUCUUAGGACCCUUGGUUAUUGAAUUCCGUUAACAAAUCCAAGAAUUUUGAUCAAAUUAAUGAAUUUUUCCAUGUUUGUUUGAGUUUUGAUCAAUUCCAUCAAGUUUUAAACGUACUGUUGUACACUGAACCGUGUAACAGCAACAUUUAAGAUUCAUUGCUUUGGAAUCGGAAGUGUUAUAAAAGUCGUUUGUCAGUUAUAAUGGAUCUUUUUUUACUA